AUGGCGGGGUUCUCGGCGGCAGGUCAUCUGGCCGCCGCUAUGGAUGUAUAUGAGUGGACGAUUUCAUACUUCCUGGCCCGUAAGGAGGUUUCUACGAUUCGAUGGACCGCCGCCUCCGUUGGGCAUCCAUUCCACAUCGCCUUUCUAGUUGUCCGUUACACGGGUCAAGGGGGCCGUUGA